CUCACUUGUAAACAAUCUUCAAGAGUUCGUUACGCUCAAUAUGGUGAUCCAAUAUCAAGGGGCUCAGAUCCCCAUCUCGUUCGCAUCAUGCAGCAUCCCCAUGAAGAUCAAGGCCAGCCUUCCCGAUAAGCUUGGCGCCAUUCGAAAAGCCGGCUUCGACGGAAUUGAGCUUUCUAUGCCUGAUAUCCUUGACUAUGGAAAACUUCUCAGUGGAUCUCAACCAAAAGAGGACGACUAUGACACGCUUGCGAAUGUCGCGAAGCAGAUCAAGUCGUUGACGGAUGAACUAGGCCUCAAGAUUAUGAUGCUUCAGCCUUUUGCGAAUUUUGAGGGAUGGAAGAAAGGUGAACAUGAUGAGAAGAGAAAACAGGCUUUUGAUAAGGCGAAGGGCUGGGUCAAGGUUAUGGAGGCUGCCGGCAUCACAUUGCUUCAGGUUGGCUCAUCUGACUCUGAAGGCAUCUCGUCCUCAUUCGACGACUUAGCCUCCGAUCUCGCAGAACUAGCAGACCUUCUCGCCGAAAAAGGCUUCAGCAUUGCCUACGAAAACUGGUGCUGGGCAACCCACGCCCCAACCUGGAAAACAGUCUGGCAGAUCAUUCAAAAGGCAAACAGACCCAACAUCGGUCUGUGUCUCGAUACGUUCCAAACCGCGGGUCUCGAGUGGGGUGAUCCAACUACCAAAGACGGUCUAAUCGAAGCAAGCAGUGAUGAAGAGCGCAAAACUCGCUGGCACAAGAGUCUUGAAGAACUAGCUUCCACUGUCCCGGCAGAUAAGAUUUAUCUCCUUCAGAUCUCAGAUGCGUAUAAGAUGGAUCCUCCUAUUGAGGAUAAGAAAGACGAGGAGGGAAGUCGACCUAGAGCGAGGUGGAGUCAUGAUUAUAGGCCUUUGCCGUGUGAUGGAGGGUAUUUGCCUGUUCAUGAUAUGCUACAUGCUGUGCUGAAGACAGGGUUUAAUGGUUGGUUGUCUGUGGAGGUGUUUGAUGGGCUUGAGGGGGAGAAUACGGAUAUGAAUGAGUAUACGGUCGCGGCCGUUGAGUCGCUGAAGAAACUCAUCCAGGUUAGUGAAUGAGUUAGUUCGCGGUUAUUACGAGGGGCAUUAUGAGAGCAAUAAUAAAAGGUUCGUUUUGAC